CCCGCCCCGGAACGGGAACCGCCACCCCGGCCGCCGCUUCCCGUUCCGUUCCGGGGCGGGGGAGGCGCCGGGUGCCGGGGAAGGUGACACCGCCUGGCCAUGGGGAUCCACUUCGGGAACCUGGCGCGGGUCCGCCACAUCAUCACCUACAGCCUGUCGCCGUUCGAGCAGCGCGCCUUCCCCAACGUGUUCUCGGACGCGCUGCCCAACGUGUGGCGCCGCUUCAGCUCCCAGGUCUUCAAGGUGGUGCCGCCCUUUGUGGCCGCGUACCUGCUCUACUCGUGGGGCACGCAGGAGUUCGAGCGGCUCAAGAGGAAGAACCCGGCUGACUAUGAGCACGACCAGUAACCGAGUUCAGGAGGAGAUCCUUACCCGCUGGGUUAUCAACCUGCUGAUGCUGAGCUUGUUCGCAUGACUAUAAGGGCAUUAAGAGGGAGAUAAGUCUCAUCUAAUAAACUUCAACUUUGCCCCGUGA